CAAUGCAAAUUAAAAGCAGUAAAUGAAUAGGUAAGUUCUCACGUUGUAUAAAUAUAUAGCUUCAUUAUAUUAUAUAUUUACAUGUAAGAUGUAUCAUCUUCGCACCUGUAAAACUACAACAAUGAUGCAAAUGGAAGAAGAAGAAGAAUGUGCAUGUAAUUACAACAACUACUAUGUCCAAAGUCCAUCCUCAAUGUCUCAUGCAAAUAGUACUACUGAGUCAGAAUUAUGGCGCAGUACUAAUAAUCCUCAACAACAACAUCACUCUCAUCUUCCACUCCAAGAGUUAGAAGAAGAUGAAUCUUAUUCUUACCCAACUAAACCACUUCUUAACCACCAAACCACCACCUUCACUAAUCUGUCUCGUUGUUCGUCGUCGCGAGCUUCGACCACCUUCUUCCGCCACCAGAAUGAUAAUGAUAAUGAUAAUGAUAAUGAUAAUGAUAAGAUGAUGAUGAUGAUGACAUUACUACCUUCACCACCUGCUCAUCAUUCAAAUAUAUUGCAGCUUAAUUCAGGUGCCAAAAUUGUCAAUAAUAGUAAUAUUAUUGUACCAGCUGCUACAAAAACUGGUCUUAGAAAAGUGGGAAAAGUUGAUGGUGGAGAUUAUGAAGAGAAAUGGUGUAGUUAUGAUGGUGAAAAUGAUGAAGAAAAUAUAUCAUGUUGGCAAUAUUUCUCCUUCAGUACUUAUAAUUCUUAUGUUUGGAUUGCUUUGCAAUUGUUGUGGAGAUUUGUGCUCAGUCUUAUGCUUGCUUUCCUGGUUUUCUACCUUGCCACCAAGCCGCCUCCUCCUCAUCUUUCACUUAAGAUUACAAGGGUGAACCAAUUUGAGCUAGCUGAGGGGUUGGAUUUAACAGGUGUAGCAACAAACUUCUUGAGUUGCAACAUUUCUUUGGCGCUUACUAUUGACAACAGAUCUAAAGUUUUUGGCCUCUAUAGUCCGUGCCCGCUUGUUGAUAUCUACUUUGGUCGUGUACCUUUGGUCUUAUCUAAAGGGCCAGAAAUGCAUGUGAGGAGCCAAGAAUGGAGGGAAAUAGAGAUAUUUGGUGGAACAAAGAAGAAAGCAAUGUACGGAGCAGGAAGAAAUAUGGAAGACAUGCUUAAUUCAGAUCAAGGAUUACCUUUACUUAUCACACUCACUUCCACCUCUUAUUUUCAAGUGAUUCCAAAUUUCAUCCACUCUCAAUUCCAUCAUCGUGCUCACUGUUUAUUGCUUCUUCAUAAUUUCUAUGACAAAAAGCAUCGCACUCAGGCUUACAAUAGCACCUGCCUUUUCACUUAGCUACUAUUCUUGCUUGUUCUCUAUUUUUAUUUGAUCAUCCAAAAGAGAUAAAGUUAUUUCUUAUGAAAAUAUAUAUUUGUAUGUCCACUUUAAAAAUAUGUGACUAAAAACUAAAUGGGGAGAGUAUUUAAUUUUCUUAAACUAGAUUGUAUCCAUUCAUUUGGCAAUUUAUAUUUUAAACAAUUAUGUAGUUGUUUUGAGAGUCUAAAUUAUACAUGUUAGUUGGUUU